AUGUUAAGAUUCCCAAGAUUAGUAAGAGGCUUCUCGUCUUCUUCUCGUUCUAAUGGAGUUUGGUCUGAAUUUUCCAAAAGAUCCUCGAGUUUGAAGAUUUUUACUCCAGAAAAUAAGUCAGACAUCUUCAAUCCCAUCAAUCCAGCAGUUGGACCUGCUUCAGUUAAAGAUGUUUCUUUGAAAACCUCGUAUCAUUCUCCAGAGUUGAUUGAUGAUACUUUCCAACAAGCAUACGACCUAUUAGAAAACGAAGCAUCUAAAAUAUACGGACAAAUCGACCAAGAAACUGACUUGGUUAAAAAAAAUGAUUUGUUAAUUGAAGCAGAACAAUAUAAUCCAGAAGUUUUAUAUAACGUUAAAUUUCAUUCCGAUAAACUUGAUUUAAGUCAACCGGUUUAUAAGCAUUUCACCAAAAAACAAUGGGAAAAUAAAGAUUUAAUGCUUACUAUGCAAAGAUUAGAAACAUUGAAAAUGAUCCCUGAUACUUUACCAACUUUAGAUCCAAAAUGUCAUAUUCAAAUAAAGUUCCCUCAUAACACGGAUAGACUUUUUUCAAAUUGGAUCACUCCUGGUGAAAUACUUCCUGCCUUUGCCGUUAAUAAACCUCCUACCAUUAAAAUUAUUGAUUUUGACAAUUUAGAUAACUCAGAUCAAUUAUACACCAUUUUAAUUGUUAACCCUGAUGUUCCAGAUUUAUCAACAAACUCUUUCAAAACCUGUUUGAACUACGGUUUGUCCAAUGUUAAAUUAAAUAAUAUCGAUAAUACUUUAAACACUGAAAAAUUAUUAAACCAUGAAAACGAAUGGUGUUUCAAAUCUUACCAACCUUUAACUCCAGAAAAAAAUAUCCCAAAUCAAAGAGCUUGUUUAUGGGUCUUGAAACAAAGUAAAAAAUUUUCCUUACCUGAAAUAGCCAGAGAUUAUUUCAAUAUAAGAGAAUUCACUGAAAAUUUUAACUUAACCCCAGUUGGUGCUCAUAUAUGGAGACAACAUUUCGAUAGAUCAGUAAAAGCUACUAAUUUCUCUUAUGGCUUACCAAAACCUAAGGUCUUCCACAGAGUCCGUAAAGAUGCUCCAAUGGUGUAA